GUCGAGACCUGCUCUCCAUUUUCACACAGACACCAUCUUUCUGAGAGCUGCUGGGAGCUGAGAUGAACCCUCAGGAGACGAAAAUACUUCUGUCCCUGGAGGCAGAGGCGGUGGCCUCUCUCAAAGACGGAAUCAAUUUCAAGAAAAACCCCGGAAAUGGAACAUGUUUCAUCAUAUACAAGAUCGAUGGAGGCUUCAAGGCCUGCAAGAACCAGUGCAAACACCAAGGAGGGCUGUUCAUCAAAGACAUCGAGGACCUGGACGGAAGGACGGUCAAGUGUACUAAACAUUACUGGAAACUGAACGUGGAAACGAUGGAAUACAUCAACCCUCCGAACAGCUUCACGCAGGAGGAACUCGAGGUGGAGAUGUUGGAUGGAGGUGGACUCCAGCUGCUGGAGCUGACUCCCAUUGACCCGUGGUCUACCAAACCACGCAACCCACUGGAACUGCAGGAUGGCGAGGCAACGGUGCGCUACUUGACCCAUGCCUGUAUGGAGCUGAACCUUGGAGGGAGACGGGUCGUGUUCGACCCGUGGCUGAAGGGACCCGCCUUUGCCCGUGGGUGGUGGUUGUACCACGAGCCGCCACCCGACGCCAUGGACAGACUGUGCAACGCCGACUUCAUCUACAUCAGCCACAUGCACUCCGACCACCUCAGUUACCCCACGUUGAAAGACUUGUCAGAAAGGAGGCCAGAUAUCCCCAUUUAUGUCGGUGAUACAUCAAGACCAGUAUUUUGGUAUCUGAAGCAAAGCCAGAUCAAGCUGACCAACAUCAACGUCGUGCCGUUUGGUGUCUGGCAAAACAUUGACGACCACCUGCGUUUCAUGAUUCUGAUGGACGGUGUACACCCUGAAAUGGACACCUGCAUCAUCGUGGAUUAUAAAGGUCACAUGAUCCUGAACACGGUGGACUGCACCAGACCGAAUGGAGGCCGGCUGCCUCAUGGCGUGGACCUGAUGAUGAGUGACUUCGCUGGAGGAGCCUCUGGGUUUCCAAUGACCUUCCAUGGAGGCAAAUACACCGAGGAAUGGAAAGCAGAGUUUAUUAAGAACGAAAGGAAGAAACUCCUGAACUACAAGGCCCAGUUGGUGAAAUCCCUGCAGCCCAGGAUCUACUGCCCGUUCGCUGGCUACUUUGUGGAGGCCCACCCGUCUGACAGUUAUAUUAAGGAGACAAACCUAAAGAACCGUCCAGAGGAACUCAACACGCUCAUCAAUAAGGUGGCGCCAGGCAUUAAAACAUGGAACCCCGUGCCGGGAGCUGUGCUGGACCUGGCCGUCGCACUGAGAGAUCCGUCUCACAGCAAGGCCAUCAGAAGUCCGCCCGCCAGUGCUAACAUCUACAAGGACAGCUGGGAGUUCGACUUGUAUGUGGAGGAGCUGGACCGAGCCACCGGCUGUGAGAUAUUCCGACAUCCCAGCUGGAUUCACUUUUAUUACAGCUGGGCCGGCUUUAAAAACUACAACCUAGUCGCUCGGGUGAUUGAGACAGAUGACGCCUUCAGGCCCCUCGUCCACGGCUUCGACUACCUGGUGGACUUUCUAGAUCUGACCUUCCCCGAACAGAGACCGGACAGAGAGCACGCCUAUGUUGAGAUUAAAAACCGUGUUGGAGUGAUGAGCGUGGUGCUGAAAGGCCUUCUCUGGGACGACCUGUACAUCGGCUUCCAAAACCGCAUAAAACGAGAACCUGAUGUCUACCACCACAAGUUUUGGAACUACUUCCAGACAGAGCUGCCAGUUCACGGUCCAGACUGGAACCAGUUCCUGAGGGAGUUGGUUCCACUCCAGGAGUCCCAAACUCCACAAGAACCAGAACUGGGAGCCAGCGGCACGCGCUGCAUCCUGAUCUGA